AUGGCCUCAAUCAAUAUCAGUGAGCUCUAUGGGCGCGGCAGGGCCGCCUUCAUCGUAACGACCACCACCUUCAUACUCGCCACUCUUUUCGUCGUUGCAAGGGUCAUCAGUCGCUUUGGAAUCCUAGCGCAUAGGACUGCAGAUGACUGGCUGAUGAUAUUGGCUUGGCAAGCUGACUGGCGCAAGUUUAUCGCCUUUGGAUUAUCCUUUGCGAUCGAUUAUGGGACUUCAAAGGGUCUGGGUCGUCCCGAUGCCGAUCUCGCUCCAGAAUGGCUUGGUCCAUUGCGAAGUUCAGAAUACGCUUUCACGAUUCUCUAUAAUCCCGCCUUGAUGGUAACAAAAACUUCAAUCCUCGUAUUCUACCUCCGCAUGUCAAAAAAUACCCAAAGUCUCCUGCGAAUCGCCUCAUAUAUCACCCUGGGAAUUGUCAAUGUUGCUGGGGUUGUAUUGACUUUCCUAAACACUUUUCAAUGCAGUCCCGUCAGAGCUGCAUACGACCCCGCAUUGAGCCAGGGACGAUGCUUGUCAAUCGUUACACUCUACCUGUGCUCAGCCCCAGUCAACAUCAUUACGGAUCUUGCGAUUCUAGUCCUACCAAUCCCAGUACUUACUGGAAUGCGAUUACCGCAAAGACAAAAGACAAUCUUGGUGUUGACGUUCGCAUUGGGUAUCUUCGUCACUGUCGUUGAUGUUGUGCGCAUCUAUUACCUCCAACAAGCUUCAAAUAAUCAAGUUGCGACACAUGAGAAAUUGGGUACCGCAUCGGAUUUCCCAUACAACGCUAGUCCGGCCUUCAUGUGGUCCGCUGUCGAGGUGAAUGUUGGGAUUAUAUGUGCCUGCAUACCCACAUUGAAGCCUCUUGUCACCCGAAUUUUACCUUCCAUGCUGCGAGAUUUAUCUGAAACCGGAACAGAUAAAGACUACUACUCUUCACAACUGGAUAAUGCACCUACGCAUCGACUGUCGUCGACGAUUGCAAAACCUGGUCCAGCCAUACUACCCCUACCUCGUAGCCAGCCAGGUGCUGACCCAGAAGACGAAGUGAACAUGAUGAGUAUUCCUGGCAUGGAACCCGGUUUGGGCUGUAGUGGUACUCAGAAUACCCACCCUACGGAAAACUCGGUCUACUUUGGAUUUGUCAACAUGAAGAAACCCAAAAGUAUGCUCAAGACCAGGGGUAUGGAGUCGUUCAAAUACUGCACCAUAGUGACAAUUCUGUUCUUCCUCUGGGGAUUUUCCUACGGAUUACUCAAUAGUCUAAACAACGAGAUUUCUAAGAUCGCACAUCAGAGGAUUAGUCAAGAUCUAGGGCUCACAACUGCUUACUUUGGAGCAUACUUUUUUGGCGCAAUGACGGUGGGCCAGUGGACUUUACGCCAUGUUGGCUUCAAGGCGACGUUCAUCACCGGACUCUGCGUGUAUGGUGUAGGAACGCUGAUCUUUUGGCCAUCCGCAGUUUUGAGCUCCUUCCCUGGAUUCAUCAUUUCGAACUUUGUCGUCGGCUUUGGUCUUUCGAUCCUCGAAACUGCUGCAAAUCCUUUUAUUGUCCUAUGCGGACCAAGUCAAUCUGCCGAGUACCGACUUCUACUUUCUCAAGGCGUACAAGCUGUGGGAAGUGUUCUUAGCCAAUUGUUGGCAGAGAGGGUUCUAUUCGCGACCAUUAAAGACAAGCCAAGUCUGAUUGAUGUUCAGUGGACGUACUUGGCCGUAGCUCUUUUCAGCGUCAUCCUCGCCUUAUUCUUCUACUAUAUGCCCCUUCCGGAAGCAAGCGACUUCGACCUCCUUGUUCAAUCUGAAAACCUGGGAGUUUAUGAAUCGACUACCGUCUUCUCCUCUAAGUUCCGCCUCGUCUACGUUAGUCUUGGACUUGCUGUAUUCGCCCAAUUUGUUUAUGUGGCAGCUCAGGAAAGCAUGUCUGUUUGGUUCAAUGUUACCCUCAGCUCCCUCUCAUCAACCCCCACCUCCGGAUCCCUUUCACUAAGUCCGAAUAACUUUGCCAUUCUCGGUCUCGCCACUUUCGCCAUUGGUCGGUUUCUUUUCGCACCACUCUGCCUUUUCAUUCCUCCUCGUAUCCUCUUAAUGGUAAUUUUCCUCGGCUGCCUCAUCUUUUCCAUCCUGGCCAUGUCCUUGAAUACCUCGGCGAAUGGCAUCACGGGUGUGUCGAUGGUGUUCUUCUUUUUUGAAGGUCCUGUCUUCCCCAUGAUCUACGCCAUUGGACUGCGUGGCUUGGGGACCAGAACGAAGAUGGGCGCUGGGCUUCUCACCGCUGCCGGUGGCGGCGGGGGUAUUUUUCAAUUCGUCAUGUUCGCUGUACAGCGUCUGGAUCACAAGAGCCUCCGAUACAGCUACUGUGUUAUCGUCGCGUUGUUCUCAUUCGGAUUGUUAUACCCAGUUUAUUUAAAUGUCGUCCCGAAAGCUAGACGACAGGUCGAUCCAGUGAAAGAAGGUGUGGGAGACGAACGACCCGAAACACCGAUUCGGAGAUUGAGCAGACGCUUCAGUGAUAUUAUAAGCAAAAUUGGGGGAGGCAAGAACGAGAGCAGUCCCGACUUGCCUGUAGUUGAGCAUAGGGAAAGCAGGUAG